GAACUCAGGAGAGGAGCGCAGUGAUGAGAGCCGGUAUGAAAGCGCAGCGGCGCGCCGUGGGAUAACACUGAUAACACCGAAUACAUCCAUUUAGCACGCAGGACUGACCACAGUUCCAUGAUCACAUCACGACUCCCUGCAUGCAAAGAAGUUAAACCCUGACGAUAGUAGAAGUGAACCAGCAGCGGUUCAGGUCAGAGCCUGCAGUACUGCGUUGAGUACAGACCGAGUGAUGGGUGAUGGAGGACACCGGGGCAAGCAGCAGGGGUCAGGAGAGAGAGGCUCUUGUGCACAGUACACCUGGGAGGAAGUGCAGAAACACAAUCGCACAGGUGAUCAGUGGCUGGUGAUCGAGAGGAAAGUGUACAAUGUGAGCGAGUGGACAAAGAGACAUCCUGGAGGAAGCAGAGUUCUUGAGCAUUACAUUGGUGAAGACGCAACGGACGCGUUUACAGCCUUCCAUCCGGAUCGCCGCUACGUGAGGAAGUUCAUGAAGCCACUGCUGCUGGGAGAGUUGGCACCUUCAGAGCCCAGUCAAGACCACGGCAAAAAUGCUGCUUUAGUGAAAGAUUUCCAGUCCUUGCGUAAGCAGUUGGAGGAACAGGGCUUAUUCCGCACCCGUCCAUUGUUUUAUAUCCUAUAUAUUGGCCACAUUCUGCUGUUGGAGGUGCUGCCUUUGGUACUGCUGUGGCAGUUUGGCAAUGGCUGGAUUGUUACAAUUCUUAGUGCUGUCAUGUUGGCCACGGCACAGGCUCAGGCUGGAUGGCUUCAGCAUGACCUUGGCCAUCUGUCUGUCUUCAAAAAUUCCACCUGGGAUCACCUAGCACACAAAUUUGUCAUUGGACACCUGAAGGGGGCUUCGGCAAACUGGUGGAACUAUCAACACUUUCAGCAUCAUUCUAAGCCUAAUGUGUUAAGUAAGGACCCUGAUCUUAAUACAAUGGAAAUUCUGGUACUGGGGAACAUCCAGCCUGUAGAGUAUGGGAUUAAAAAGUUGAAACACAUGCCUUAUAACCAUCAGCACAAGUACUUCUUUUUGAUCGGCCCUCCCCUGCUCAUCCCAGUGUUCUUUAGCGCACACAUUUUUCGAACUCUGUGUGUGAGACGCCAUUGGGUGGAUUUUGUCUGGUAUCUGUCCUACUAUACACGGUUCUUCUUAUGUUAUGUCUCCUAUUAUGGAUUGCUGGGAGCAGUUCUGCUUCAGACUUUUGUAAGGUUUCUAGAAAGCCACUGGUAUGUAUGGGUUACACAGAUGAACCACAUUCCCAUGGAUAUUGAUUAUGAAAAUCAUGAUGACUGGCUCAGCAUGCAGUUGAAAUCUACUUGUAAUGUUGAGCAGUCGCUCUUUAAUGAUUGGUUCACCGGCCACCUCAACUUUCAGAUUGAGCAUCAUGUCUUCCCUACGAUGCCUCGCCAUAACUAUGUUUAUGUGGCUCCUCGACUUCGAGAGCUUUGUGAGAAGUAUGGAGUACAGUAUCAGGUCAAAGGCCUGUUGGAGGCCAUGUCUGACAUUAUUGGGUCUUUGAGGAAGUCUGGUGAGCUGUGGCUAGAUGCCUACCUCCACAAAUGAGUCACCGCUCGUCCUUCAAUUACUGUUUAAAACCCCGUCCAGUGUAAUCAUCAUGCAACAGUGACAUAGGAGGUUAAUUCUUUGACUGUUAGGAAUGUCCAUAGAAAACUUAAUAAUUAUUAAAAUUUAUAUAAAAUAAUAUAAAAAGCAAUGAUUAUGUGAAAUGAUAGUGAUUAAUAUAAUUUGAAUUCAUUUGAAUGACUUUUUGCACUUUGAAUUACUGAAUAAAUCUUAAGCUGCUCCUGAUAUUUUGU